AUGUCAGGAAUGCUUCGUCAGGCGCUCAGACUUUGCCAAUCACCGGAGAGAUCACAGGAGGGAGAGACUGACCUGCCCGGAGUGCGGGAAAGUGUUUGCCAACAAGCCGACCCUUCUCAACCACCUGACCGGUCACACGGGAGAGAAACCGUAUUCGUGUCCCAUAUGUGGCAAAUGUUUCACUAG